AUGUCCGACAGCGAGCCCAUAGUCUGCCGCUACUACUCCCGCUUGCCUCCAGAGCUCUGGGGCCUCGUCGUGGAAUAUCUGCCGAGGGCUGACCAACGGAGUUGUCUCUCGGUCUCGGCGGCGUUCCAUGGUCUAGUGUGUCCCAUACUCUUUUCUCGAAUCGUCAUUCGUUACGGGAUUUGGAGUACGCAGAGGCACGCGCACAGCAGGUUCACGGAAUCCGAACUCCUACUCAUCGCAUGGCGGAACAACGUAGCUAAGGAGAUAUUACAACGCAUCGCGCGUGACGCCCAAUUCGCGCGGUCGGUCAAGACGAUUUCUGUGUUCGCAUACCAGUAUGGCCGUCGUACGGGGGAGAGCGACUUGGACAUCGAAACGCACAUGGUCAUCGCACUGGAAUCGCUUCCGCAUCUUCAAGUCUUUCGAUGGUACGGCUUCAAGCCGCCGCUCUCGCACUCGGUCCUCGGUGCUCUAACGAGAACCGCCGGAUCGUCGCUCACUGAGCUGAACAUCUGUGGCGUAGUUGGCACAAAUGAGGACGCAUCACCGUAUCUGGCACAGUUCAAGAACCUCCAAACCCUAUUGCUAGCAGGCAACUCCUUCCACUUCUACGUAUCCACGGGUCUGGGUGCAGAAUUCAACAGCAUGCUUACAACCUGCGCUCAGAACGUGCCUGACACUCUCCUUCACCUCUCUAUAUGGCGAGACGCGGUAUGGGCUGUCUCACUGCGGGUCCUCUCCGGGCUACAAGAGCUGUCCAUGAUGCACCCAAGCAGCCUGGCCAAGCUUGGCCUCAUCUUUGCGCACUGCGCGCAACUAUGCUCCCUGUCAAUCAUGACCGUUGGUUUUAACUGCGAGCUUGAGUUGCUCACUGCGCUACGGGCGACGCAAGACGCUCUUCCGUGCCUCACAUCAUUCAAGCUCGUCCUAUGGGGCGAGGCGUUUGUUGCCGAUCCGGGUCCGUUCAUCGAGUUCUUCAAGAACAAGAAGGGGAUGCGGCGGCUCGACCUCCAACUCAACCAUCUGUUAAUGGGCGACGACUACAUACGCUUCCUCGACGUCUUCGCGUACCUGCCACGGCUCGAAGUCGUCGGGCUGGAGCUCAAAGGUGCGGGGUUCAGCAGAGAGCAUCUGGCGCUGCUCGACGAGCGACUCCCGCUUGGCCUCUCGGCGCUCCUCUUGAGAUGGUCGACCUAUACCUUCAACGCCUUCGAGUCCGGGUCCGACAUCCAUCCACAGAACUGGAUUGACAUGCUUAAGAGGCGCCCUGCACUGGGCUACUUGCACAUUCUGUAUCUCGAACAUGAUCUGUCCCUCGGCAGGUCGCUGGACCUGCGUGCGCGGCUGCUCAAGGACCGCCCGCGGGCGCUGAGGCUCGUUGGGUAUGGCCCGCAGAUACGCAGCAUCGAGCGCGAUCCUGUGACUGGGGAGUCGACGUACGGACCGCCCUGGUCGGAUGCAGCGGUCACUGUAGGGGCGGUGGAAGACUUUGGAUGCGAAGACUGGGCGUGGCUGGCGUUCUGCUUUGCAGGCUGGACGCCAUGGUAUUGGCUGCGUCUUUGCGUGGAUAGUACGCCGAAGACCAGACUGCGUUACUUGCUAUAUGACAUGAACUACGUGGUCUGGCUAUAUCCCAUACGGUAG